GGGAAAAAAGCAUAAUAAUUAAAAAAAGAGUUUGUUGUUAGAUGGCUUUUAGUUUUCACAUAAGAUAUACGCCGUGAACUUUAGUCGGACUCCUUCCUCUCCGCCGUUCGGUUUAUUCCCCGCCGCAGGAUCAGAGCUGAGGUGGGAUUCGGAUAAGGUCAUUCAUAUCACCUCUCUCUCUCAGGUUGUGGGUUCUAUGAUUCUUGUGCUGGAUUGAUUAUGAGUAUCAAUAGAGAUGAGGCUCUUAGAGCCAAAGAGUUAGCCGAGGGUUUGAUGAAAAAGACAGAUUUCACCGCUGCACGUAAGCUUGCAUUGAAGGCUGAAAAAAUGGAUUCCAGCCUCGAUAACAUAUCUCGUAUGAUAAUGGUGUGUGAUGUGCACUGUGCCGCAACACAGAACUUGUUCGGAACUGAGAUGGAUUGUUACGGUAUACUUCAGGUUGACCAGAACGCUGAUGAUAUUAUCGUCAAGAAACAGUACAAGAGGCUUGCGCUUCUUCUCCACCCUGAUAAAAAUAAGUUCCCUGGUGCUGAGUCUGCUUUUAAAUUGAUUGGUGAUGCCCAGAGGAUACUUUUGGACACUGAGAAAAGGAAGCUUUAUGACACUAAACGCAGAAGUUGGAGAAAGCCUGCACCAGCACCGCCAUAUAAAUCCCAACAGAUGCCUAAUUAUCAAACUCAGCCUAUUUUUCGGGCUAGCGUUAAUAUGACGAAUAUAUUCAAUGAUUUUAGACCUGAUAAUAGGCAUCCCUAUCAGAAAGCUCAAGCCCAACCACCUGCUUUCACUCACGCUACAACCUUUUGGACAUCUUGUGCCUUCUGCCGGGCAAGGUUCGAAUAUUCUCGGGAACAUGUCAACAGGGAUAUCACAUGUCCGGAUUGUCGUAAAAGGUUCACUGCUUUUGAAGAAACUUUGCAGAGUGCACCACCGGCGAAAGGCUCAUGUCAGGCUACUUAUUCCUUCCCACAACAGAACAAAUUUCCAGACAAAAAGUCCCGCAGUGAACCACACAAGCAUCCAGAACAUCCUCCCACUGUUUCAUCUACAAAGGCGAGUUUCCCUAUGCCGGGUUCUAGUGCAAAAAACAAUGGGAAGAGGAAGAGAAAGAAUAUAAUUGAAUGUAGUGAAAGCUCUGAUAGUGAAGGUAGCAGUGAGUCAGAAGAUGUUGUGAUCAAUGAAACAAUGGCAGCACAAGAUUUGGAGUCCAAUGGAGGAGAGAAGCCUCGGAGGUCAGUCCGUAGCAAGCAGAAGGUUUCCUAUAACGAGAACUUGAGCGAUGAUGAUGUAGACUUAGUUCCUGAUAAGGAAGAAGAGCAAGAAGAGCCAGAAGAGCAAGAAGAGGAAAAACAGACGCAUGAAGAGCAUAGCUCAGCUGAGAGAAUAAACACGAAAGAGAAGAUAAAAGCAGACCAGGUGGAAACCCCUGCUGGUGCGAGUGAUUCAGAGGAAGAUUUAAGUUCAGGGAGUGCAGCUAAACCAAAUUUGAUAAACUAUGAUGAUCCUGAUUUCAGUGACUUUGAUAAGUUGAGGGAAGAAAACUGCUUUCAAGCUGGCCAGAUCUGGGCUGUUUAUGAUGAAGAAGAGGGAAUGCCUAGAUUUUAUGCUCUCAUAAGAAAAGUAACAACUCCUUUCAUGCUCAGGUACGUAUGGUUAGAGGUAGACCAAGAUAAUGAGAAUGCAAGACCAAAAUUGCCUGUCUCUGUUGGUAAGUUUGAAGUUGGGAAUAUAGAGCAGACGAAUGAGUGUUCCAUUUUCUCUCAUUUGGUCGGCAACACAAAAAAAAUCAGGGGUCGCAAGUUUACGGUAUUUCCAAAGAAAGGAGAAAUCUGGGCCCUUUUCAAGAACUGGGACAACAACUGGUCGGCUGACUCAGUUUCUCCUCUUAAGUACGAGUAUGAAUUUGCUGAGAUCCUGUCUGAUCAUACAGAGGGAGCCACGGUAUCAGUUGGGUUCUUGUCUAAAGUGAAAGGCUUUAACUGUGUUUUCUGUCCAGUACCAAAGGAUGAAUCAAAUACUUGUGAAAUUCCACCUCAUGAGUUCUGUCGGUUCUCACAUAGUAUUCCGUCAUUCAGAUUAAAAGGAACAGAAGGAUUAGGCGUAACUGAGGGUUGGUAUGAGCUUGAUCCAGCUGCUUUACCAGUCUCUGUCACUCAAAAUCGAUCAGGAGAAGAAGCAGCUCAAGAUCAAGACCAUCAAUCUCCACCUUCAGGAUCUGCCUCUUGAUAUUUUCUCAAGGAGAGGCUCUGUUGUGUCCAUGACUUUUAAGAAUCACGAUUCUUGGAGCCUGUUUUAUUUUGUUCAGGCGUACAGGUUUUACUGACAAGGGAAACCAAAGCUCCUCAGAGGCAUCAAUAAGCUUGAUCCCUCUUUGUUGUCUUGUGACAUGAUCGAGUCAUGAUUCUUGUAGGCGAUUGUUAUUUUGUUUUUUUGUUGUCUUUGUUCGGUUCGCUCGGACUCAAAACAUUACCAGCGUUUGUCUCCAUUACUCCAUUGUUGCUAGAUUAAGAAACUGUUGAAUCAAGUCAUAGUGAAAACCUUUUUUGGCCAUAGUGUAGUUGUACUAUAUCAA